CAACCACCAGGGGGGAAAGCAACGCAAACUUGGCUGCGAUAUAAAAAGCCGCCGCCGCGCGCAUCCUGCAUUCCAUCGCCGAUUUUCCCGACGUCCGGUUCCCGACGCAGACUCUACAGAUGAAUCUGACUCUUGCUCUAUCCUGCAUGCUCGCAGUCAUAUGGCUGCUCUGCGGAAGAUGUAGAGCAGCUCCGAGAAUGAUGCCGGGCAUCCAUCGUAAUUUAGGAAAUCAUCCACAUAUCUACGGAUACGCCGUGGAAGGUCUCGUGAAGGACCUGGUGGAGGACCUCGUCGGUGAGGACGAGGAUAGUCUACGACUCAGCAAACGUCAACAGCUGGACGAUUACGGUCACAUGAGAUUUGGCAAGCGGUCCAACGGCAAUGACGAAGAGUACGGACAUUCGCGAUUCGGCAGAAACAUCGAAUAACAAACGCUACUAUUAACGCGCCGGAUUCUCUCAUUUAGAUCGUAGAUCGUGCACAUACUCCCGUGUGCCAAGAUGUAGAUAGAAUAUAUUUUACAUUGCAGCUAUUACGAUCGUGCCUCGUUAUUUUACCUUCUGUCUUCAGUUUUUUUGUGCUCGAUACUUUACGCCGUAAAUCAAUCUACUAUUUUUGGUGUCUGCAAUCUAAUUUGUGAUUGUGUAUUAUUUUAUAUAGAUAUAAUUUUUUGCAAUCGUGUCGCGCUAAUAAUCCCUUAGAGAAGACUUUAUAAUCGAUAAUGCUUCAAUUUUUUAUCAAGAUGAGUCAAUUUCGCGUUAACAAUCUGCGAAAAAAUUAUAUAAGGAUCAUUAAAAAAUUAAUUAGGAAUCGUUCGACUCUAUCUUCCUUCGUUGCGUUACUAAAUAUAUUAGAAUUAACAAUAAGAUACGAUGACGGGUAAAAAUAAAAAUCAACUUUCGACUCGCCAAAAAAUUGUCAAUUCUUAAACAUCUUAUUUUUCUGAAUAAUAAAGAAAAAAAUCAUUUUGUUCA